AUGAAUUUCAUUAAAGAAGCCAUUUGUGAUAAUAACGAUGAAGUGUAUAAAUACCUACUCGGCUGGAUUGCAUCAAUGAUUCAACAUCCUGGAAUCAAGAAUGAAACAGCAAUUAUUUUGAAAGGACUUCAGGGAACAGGUAAAAACAGAUUUACAGACAUUAUUUCUGAACUUCUCGCUGGUUAUUCAUGUAAAAACAUUACCGAAAUAGGUGAGCUAACGGGUAAUUUCAAUUCAGUAGUUGAGAAUAAAAUGUUUCUUGUACUUAAUGAACUCAAGAAUGUUGGUGAAGACAGACUCGCAAACUUCAACGCUUUGAAAUCAAUUAUAACGGAUAAUGAGAUUAGAAUUAAUGAAAAGAAUCAACCCAGAAGAACUGCUCAAAAUGUUGCCAAUUUCAUUUUCGUAACUAAUAACGUUUACCCUGUCAAAAUUGAAGUUGGAGACAGAAGAUAUGUAGUUUUAAGGGUUAAUGGUAAAUUUAAGGGUCAAUUUGAUUACUUCAAGAAUUUAAUGGAUUCAUGCACAAAGGAAUUUUAUGAUAAUUUACUAACAUAUUUUAUCAAUUACGACCUUUCAUCAUUUAAUGUACGAAUCAUACCGAUGACUGAAGCCAAACAAGAUUUAAUGGAAUUAUCAACAAAUCCUUUAGAUGAAUGGAUAAAUACACAUUAUGAUGAAUUGUGUGCAGGUAUGACGUGUAAAAAUGCUCUAUUCUGCAAACCAUCAGACAUGAAAGAGAAGAAUUUCCAAAUGAGCAUUAAGGAUAAAUGUGAUAAGAAACGAAGAAGAAUAGACGGUAAACAAACAUGGUGUUAUGUUUUGAAAGAAGAAAUGAAAGGAUUAUAUAAACAGGUUGAACUAAACGAUAAUGAGGAUUCAUUUACUGACGACGAAAUACCUGUAAAUGAAGCUUUAUAA